GGGGUUUAAAGGAGGGUGUGUCCCUCUCCCACAGCUCCGUCAGUGUGUUCCUCCGCUCACUGUGUCCUCCCUCACCGUCUGCUUCAGUCGUUCCCGACCCGCUUACUGCAGGCCCGGUGAUGUUGGACAGCCGGUGACAGCUCAGCCUCUGCAGGAGUCUCCGUUUUUCCGGCUCGGUUCCCUUCUUUAAACACUGCACAGACCAGGAGUCCAUCCGCGGUUCUGAGUUUCCUCCAGCAUGGGGGACGUGAUAUCCAGUCACCUGGAUGAGGGCAGGCGCGAGCUGAUCUCAGCUCAGACCAGGGAGGUGAUGGGGGAGUUUGGCCGUCUGUAUGAGCAGCAGUAUGCCGUGGCUCUCUUCAACAAAGUUCGCUUUGACAUAGAAGGAGGAGCUGGCCCACAACCUCAGCUGCUACACCGCAAGAUUCCUUUGGAAAACAAAUCAAUUUUCUCUGGCUCGCUCUUUCACUAUCUGGAGGAGAACAAGAAAUGGAGGAACCGCUUCGUCUUUGUUCCAGACUCCUACAACCUCAACUUUUACGACAGCAAAGCAGCCCACGACAGACACCUCCACCCCAAAGGAACCAUCAACUGUGCCGGCUACAAAGUGCUGACCUCCGUGGAGCAGUACCUGGAUCUGUUCAGCAGCAGCAGCCUGCCUGGUAUGGAAGCCAAGGUGGGAAGCUCCCCCUUCCUGAAGUGUGCCACCCAGUUCCCUCUGAUCCUCUGGCACCCGUACGCCCGGAGCCAGUCCUUCUGUGUGGUGACGGAGGCGGAGCAGAGGAAGUGGCAAGCCGUGCUCCAGGACUGCGUCAGACACACUAAUGAUGGUUUGACAGAGGACAAUAAAGUACAAACUCCAGCCUUCACUGAUGCAGUACGACUCUAUCGCCAAGCUCAAGGGCACUAUGGCACUUGGGAGAUGAUGUGUGGUGUACCAUCACAGAUCCUGGCUAACCUGGUGAUGGAGGGCCUCCUCCCGGAGUUGAGGGAGCUCAUCUCCCCCCGCCUCAAAGGCAAGCUACACGAGAGGCAGAGAAACUGGAUGCUGAUCAGUGAUGCAGUGUACAGCCUGGUGCAGGGGCAGUGCCAGGCCCAGUAUCAGGCGGUGGUGCAGAAGUGUGAGGCAGCCUGCUCCUCUCUGGAGGCGUCCAUACGGUGCGACAUGGACCAGAUCAUCUCCUCCAAGGAGCACGUCAGCAACAAGAUCAGAGAGGUGGUCCUCCCAAAGGCUGAGAAGCUGCUGAAGGUGAGCAUCCAGCCCUACAUCAGCUCCAUCCUGGACGCCCUGAUGGAGCCCACCAGCCGAGGUUUCUCUGAGGUCCGCGACGUGUUCUUCAGAGAGCUGGUGGACAUGAGCAAGAACUCUCUGAACAACGGCACCAAGGAGGCCGUAGCACAGCACAUGGAGAAGAUCUCCAUGCUGGCCUUCCACCCGGUGAAGAUGCAGAGCUGCUAUGAGAAGGUGGAGCCGCUGAGUCUGGAGGGUCUGCAGCAGAGGUUUGACGUGUCCAGCCCCUCAGUGUUUGUCCAGAGGGCCCAGAUCCUUAUGAGAGAGCAAAUGGACCAUGCAGUAUAUACAUUUGAGCAGAUUCUCCACCAGAGUCUGGAGUCUCAGGGUACAGAGGAGCUCUGUAAGGCCAUCCAGCGCUGCCAGGACAGAGUCAUUAAGAAAUUUGACUAUGACAGCAGCACAGUGAGGAAGCGUUUCUUCCGCGAGGCUCUGCUGCAGAUCUUCAUCCCCUACAUGCUGAAGCAGCUCAGCCCGGCCUGCGGCUCGGAGCUGCCGCGUUUCCGAGAGCUGAUCUUCGAGGACUUCUCUCGUUUCAUUCUGGUGGAGAACAUCUUUGAAGAGGUGGUGCUGCAUUCGGUCAUGAAGAACAUCAUGAUGGCUGUGAAGGAGGUGGCGGUCCAGAGGAGACACAAUCUCUACAGGGACAGCAUCGUCCUCGGCAACAGCGACCCCAGCCUGCACCUGCUCGGAGAAAACCCCUCCAUCGACUGGACCGAGGAGUACGGAGGAGCCCAGGAAGAGGCGGAGCCAGCAGGCCAGGCCAUUGAGGAGGAGGAGGGGGGGGAGUCUCAGAGGAGGAGGAGGAGGAUGAAGCAGGUGGUCUCCAUGAUCCAGGUGGAGGGCUCCCCAGUGCUGCCCAACGAGUCCUGCAUGGAGGUGCCCAGUGUCGACGACAUCCUGGAGGAGAAGGAUAGAGUUUUUGAGGAGAACUCCGAUGAGCACGACCAGGAUAGAUCUGCAAGUCCCAGCGCUUCAGAGAAUGUGACAUCUGUGGAUGAAGAGAAAGCUAAACCAGAGGAGCAGGGCAGAGAAGAAGUCCCACUGAAGCUCCAAUCAGCUGGAGAGGAGAACAGCCGACCCAUGGGGGAGCCACAACUGCCAUGCAACCAGGAGGAGGCGCCAGAGGAGGCGCCAAAGGAGGCAUCAGAGGAGGCGUCAGGGGAGGUGCCAGAGGAGGCAUCAAAGGAUGCGUCAAAGGAUGCGUCAGAGGAGGCGUCAGAGGAGGCGUCAGAGGAGGCGUUACCCCCGCCCCCACCGCCUGAGGAAAGCCUACCUGGAGCCAUGGACACAGACCCAGAGGGCCCCCCGGAGCCAGCAGACCUCCCCCUGCCUCCACACGACAACAGUGAGGAGGCAGAGGGACAGGAGGAGGAGCACCCUGAGGGGAGGGCGAUGAGUGUUGCCGCAGAAACAGAGACCAGUGAUGAAUGAGCUCCAUUUGAACUGGAUACUGCUAUGUUCGGUUUUUAGUUUUUAUUUGACAAAUAUUAAAUGAUACUUCUUUUGGUUUUAACUCCAGGCACAGUAAUCACAGAUCAGCACAUCCUUUUCACCAAGCAGGGCUCAGUUUUUAUCGUCAUAUUAUUAAACACGCUUUUUCAGAAUAAUUUUCACAACUAUCCAGCUGACAGAAAAUCCUCAGCAGAUUCUGAGCUUUCGGUCAACAUAAAUUCCUCACUUGACUUUCUCUUUACCUGGUAUGAAUGAGCACAGUGGACGACCGGGGGUCCGUUAUGGUGGGUUAUGGUAUGUUGUGUUGUGUUGAGUGACAGGCUGCAGGGACACCCCAGUUUAGGUGCCUUCGGUGAAAUAUGUUAAUUGGUAUAGUUCUUGAGUUCAUAAAAAAAAAAAAUCAUUUUCUCGAAUGUGGAACAUUAAUUCCUUAAUUGUGUCAAAGUACUUGCUGGCAUCUAAAGACAGGACCACUUGUGUUGGUGGCAAAAACACAAAAGACAAAUCUAGCUUUUGUAUAUUAUGUAUAAAUAUUAUGGACCCGGGACCUACCAAGUUUUCCUUUUACAUUUGAUAUAGUUUUGUAAGUGCCUUAUCAGAUCGAUCUUUAUUUAUUGUUAUGUAUCCCUUUUUUUCACCAAUGAUUUUUUUACUCUUGUGUGAUUCAAAUUACUUUCAAUGAUGAUAAUAAUAAAUCAUUAUCAAUUUA